GCUAUUGGCCUUUUUUUCCCUUCUCUGCUACCAUUCUGUUUCUCAAAAGAUCCCUUCCUCGGAAGCCGAGCCGAGGCUGAUUGUGGAUUUCUGAGCACAAGGCCUGAUUGGGAUGUCAUAUGGAGAAGCUGCCUGCUCUGAGGUGAUGGGAAAUCACACAAUCUACAGCAUUUUGUUCCCAACACUUGGAUGUCCUUAACAGGAGUCCAGAGAGAGAGAAGAAAACCCCAGCAGCUAAGAAAUUGGUGGAGUCUUGACUUAAAAGGAGGGCUCGGAUGUCAUUUUAUUCCCUCUAUCGCCCCCAGCUAAUCAAAGGUGGAGCUGAUUGCAAUGACUGGAAUGGCUUGAUUCACAUACAGAACAUGGGAAGCCACUUCAACAACUACGGAAUUGCUUAUUCACUGGAUGUUUGUUAUGGGACAUUUUUUAGGAUGUCAUUUCCACGGUGUCAGAAUGGACAUGAAUAUAUGUAAUGUGUAUAUAUGUAUUUAACAUCAAUCUUCAUUUCUUAGUGGUGAAUUUAUUUUCAAGCUUAAGGUAACUGGAAGUUGGACAUUUGUGUAAUAUUAUUUCUGAGUAAACUUCCAUUGACUCACAGUAUGAGUAAUCGUUUCUACAUCAUGUAUUAUCAGUAGUUUAAUGACUGGCUCAAGGGUAUUGACCCACAAAUUAAUAGUGGCAAAAUGACUGGAAGACAUCUCCAUUACUGAAGACAGAAAAAUGCUGCUGGGGAACUGCACAGGUGAAGAGGAUCAGCUGACAAACUUCAGUGACACUGGGCUGCAUGAAGUGGAGCAGGUCCUAGUCCCCAUAUUUGAUACGCUGAUUCUGGUGCUUGGUGUGGGGGGUCACACCAUGGUGAUGGUGAUCCUGUGUAGGAGGCAGAGGAGAGGACCUCCUCAAAGCUCAAUGACAGGCACAGGGACAGACGUCCUCCUGCUGGCUCUGAGCUCUGCAGACCUGAUGUUGCUCUUCGUGCUUCCCUUCCACACUGUAGCCAUUGCCAUGCAGCAAUGGCCAUUUGGGGACUUCAUGUGUCGACUGGUGAGUUUCUUAGGAUCGGCCUGCUCCUCAGCCAGCGUCUUCACACUGGGCACGCUGGCUGUGUCGCGCUAUCUGACUGUGGUGCAGCCUGCCAGAGCUUACUCCCUCCUCUCUCAUCGCCGGGUCUCUAUAGCUGCUGCCCUGCUCUGGGUCCCUGCCUGCUGCCUGGCAACUCCCCAGCUGGUUUUUCGCUCUGUGGGAAUGCAGCGCCGUGCACCUGAUGGCCUAGCUUGCUUCGCUUUCCUGUCCCACAGAGACCAGCUGAUCUAUGGAUUGUUUCACUUCCUCGUGGCCUUCUUGCUUCCACUGGUCACCAUUGCAGUGGCGUAUGGCAGAAUCUACAUGUUCCUGUGGCGGAGUCAGCAUGGUGGCAGGGCCCCUCAAGUAGAGCGCUACCAGAGUAAGGUGACCCGGACGUCAGCCAUGCUGGUGCUGGCUUUUACUCUGUGCUGGCUGCCGUCCUAUGGCCUGACACUGGCUUUACUGGUGGAUGAAAGCUUAGGGGCCACUGGCUCUUCACCGCGUUAUGGCAGCUUCAGUGUGUUUGCACGGCUCAUGGCCACCUCUUCCACAGUGAUCAACCCAAUCCUCUAUGUGCUCAUGUCCCAAAAGUUCAGACAGGACCUACUGGGGCUGUUCAAGAGGGGAGGACAAAGAUCCAGUGGGACUUUUGCUAUGGCUGCUGCCUGACAGAAUUACUAUCAGCACCUAGCCCAAUGUAACUGACCAGCUGACACACAACCACUGAGCAUAUCACGACUACUGAGAAUUAAAAAAAACAAUUACAGACUCAUAUGAAGAAAAUGGACCACCAAGAAGAAAGUCUACCUAACAAGGCAAAACAACAGCGUACCUCACUCAAAGACUUCACUUCUUAAUAACACUCACUUUUUUAGUCUCAAGAUCAAACUGUUUGCCCUGGGAGGGGCUGCUCU